UCCAAAUUGGAAUCCACAACAAGAAGCCCACCAACUAAACGGGGAGGAGCAAAUCCGGGCUGAACCCCGACAUUCAAUAACUCGUAAUCAGAUGACGGAGAAGAUGGUUGCUGUGGAACCCAGUUUCGAGGACUUAUAUGAGGAGAAGAAGCGAGUCAGGAACCCUCUUGUUCCUGUUGGUGCACUUAUGACAGCAGGAGUGCUCACAGCUGGCUUAAUUAGUUUCAGAAGAGGCAAUUCUCACCUGGGUCAGAAGUUAAUGAGAGCUAGAGUGGUUGUCCAAGGUGCUACGGUGGCCCUCAUGGUAGGCACUGCUUAUUACUAUGGAGAUAAUCCAUGGAAAUCGAAAUAGACUAAAAUGCAUUUGAGUUCUUCUAGUUUGUCAUGUAAUUCUCAUAAUGGUUGAAAUUAUUCACUUGACGCCCUGAUCCAUCUCAGUUAUAUUUCAAUGAAUUUUUUUUUUAUUUUUUUUUUAAUUUCAA